AUGGCCAAAUACAUCCCUCCCGCCCUCCGUCAGAAGCUCGCUGAGUAUCCAGGACCAGAAAUGAUGGAGCGUACUUACCGCCAAGCUGAGAUCCAUAUGCAUUUCGGCUAUACGGCGGAUGGCGAGCCCGAAGCCCUUCUCAUUCACGAAGCUGAAGCAAACGAUGCAGACGAUGAGGAAGACGGGAAAAAGACCGACAAACGGAUCCCGAGCAAAUUGAGAAACCGCGGAACGCUCAACGCAUCAAAGGCGGACCAAGACAAGCUCGCGUACAUUAUCCUUUUCAGAGGCGCAAACCCUUUCUGGACCUCCAAGAACGAAAUCUUCUGCAAGUCAAACCUCGAUCUCCUUCCCGACCCAGCUUCGCUCUGCGGAGAGCCAAACACCAGCGACGGAACCUACGCGACUUCGUACCCUGUGUUCAUCCAGACAAAGAUAUCUGGCCAGGUUGGUGGGCAUCUCAAGUUCGCCGGCUACUAUGGGAUCCAGUCGAUUCAAUACCUUGCACCACGCUCAAAGGAGGUGGCUGAACUGUUGGAGGUGAAAUUUGCAAACAGAGACCGUGAUCGAGAUAAGUGGAUGUCAAGCUUUAAUGCUCGGUGGGCGGUUGUUACUCUGGGCUUAGAUAAGAGUGGUAAAGAACCGCCCGCGAUCAAGACGGUCAAGCGCAGCGUGAAUGAGAUUUUGACGGCAUUGAGGUCCAAGGACACAGAUCGGGAUUCGCUGGAGGAACCGCGAUACACCCAAGCCCCUCCAUCGUAUCAGGAAGCUCCGGAUCCCAUGAUGGGCGUUCCACGAGAUGAGGAUGAUAACGUCCCUGAUGACUUCAAGUUUGGCGGCUCGGUGGCAGAGGCGACUCUCCCUAUUCGAAUGCAGUUUAUUCGCAAGGUCUACUCUAUCCUUACUGUUCAACUUCUCGUCACCGCCGCCCUUAGCGGAGUAUCCUUUUUCAACAAUUCCUAUCGCCGAUGGGUACAAGCGAAUUCCUGGAUGAUGUUCGUCUCCGUGAUCGGUGCACUUGUAUUCAUGCUCCUUACCUACUGGAAACGCAAGAGUUACCCCAGCAAUCUCCUUUUCCUGAGCGCGUUUACCCUUCUCGAGGGCUAUGCGAUCAGCGUGGUCACCUCGUUCUACGACUCGGCCAUAGUUAUGCAAGCGCUUGUCCUCACCUUGGGCAUCUUCCUAGCUUUGACGCUUUUCGCCUGCCAGACCAAAUAUGACUUCACGAGCUGGAUUCCAUACCUAUUUGGCGCACUCUGGUUCUUGGUCCUGUUUGGAUUCAUGUCCAUGUUCUUCCAGAUGGGCAGCAAGAUGGAAUUGGUUUAUGGUGCGAUCGGGGCGCUGAUCUUCAGUGGAUAUAUCCUUGUCGAUACGCAAUUGGUUAUGCGCCAUCACCAUGUUGAGGAGGAGAUCGCGGCAUCCAUCUCACUCUACUUGGAUGUCAUCAACUUGUUCUUGGCCAUCCUGAGAAUACUAAACAGCCAGAGCAACAACUAA